UCUCUCACUCGCUCAGCCGAUGUCUCUCGCCUGCAACUUUCCAUUCGUCGUCCGACUGGAAUGAGGAGCAGAAGAAAACAGCAGACGGAGCGACUGAGGGCAUCAGAAAAAGCUAGACUCGUCAAAGCCGUCACGCGCACCCUGAACUUCAACAUGUCUGAGUGACAAACAGAGGCGGUGUAAUGGCGUCACACGAGCAUCACACAAGAGGCUUGACCUUCCUGCGUCUCCUCCUUAGUUUCAUCCUACCGUUGCGCGGAGUCAUCUGUCUGGAGCUGCUUCCUUCGUCGUCACCAGUUCUGCUGCAGCCGAACUCAAACUUCACGGUGACCUGUUCAGCCUGGAGUAAGGUGUCAUGGCAGACCCCGGUGGACUCCCCAAUGGAUGGGGUCAUCGUGGAAGACAGCGGGUCGAGCAGCGUCCUGAAGCUUGUUAACGUCACCUGGAGGAGUUCAGGAAGAUACACCUGUGAAGAGGCGUGGUCAGAGCAGACCCGGGAGGUGGACGUCUUCAUACCUGGAGAAGGUCCGGAGGAGUGGUUUGUUCCGAUCGGUACAGGUGUGGUGAUGAAGGAGACCGAGGAGGACACAGUCCCCUGUGUGGUCUCCGACCCUCAACUCAAGGUGACGCUGUACGAGCGUUCGAACCCGAGUCCGGUGACGGCAGUAACAUACCAGCCAGGCCGCGGGUUCACUGGUCCCUUGAACGACACAUCGUACCUGUGCGUGGCUUCGAAUGGCUCUGCAGAGGCGCAGUCGCAGGUCUACUACGUCUUCAGCAUCGUAGCAACGAAGGACGUCGAGGUGGAGAUGGCGGUGUCCAGCAGCGUUGUGAAAACAGGCGAACCUUUCCUAGUGAACUGCACUGUCAAAGGCACAGACAUGGUCACCUUCACCUGGGACUACCCCCGCAAACAGGUGUCGAACCAGGAAGUUGAGGCGCUGACCGACUUUCUGCCCAAUAAAAUACGCUCCUUUGUCAACAUCUCCAGUGCCACAGUGGCAGAUUCUGGAGUGUAUGUGUGUUCAGUGAAAAAAAUGAGGCAUGAAGAAAGUGUGAAGGUGAAAAACGUCACCGUGAGAGUUCUGGAUCGAGGGUACGUCUACACUCGGCCAUCCGGCGACACAAACGUCUCAACUCUUCUUCACCACACCGUGACGCUCGGAGUUGAGAUCGACUGUUACCCUCCUCCAACUGUCGUCUGGACCAGAGACAACCAGAGCGUCGUGACUGAAUCCACGUUUGUCUCUACCAAACAGAUGACAACCACCAGGUAUGUGAGCACGCUGACACUAGUUCGAGUCCGGGUGGAGAAUACGGGAAGUUACACCGCGACUGUUAAUAAUGAAGACGACAUGGAAACAACGGAUUUCUACCUGCAAGUCAAAGCGCCCCCAAAAAUCACAUCUCUGUCGGAGGUCAACAAGACAACGGUGCUGUGUGUCAGCGAGGGGGCCCCGCCUCCGGCAGUCACCUGGUACACCUGCCCCGGUUCGAUGAGGUGUAGCAAUCAGACUGACGGCUGGAGGAGCCUAUCAGGAGCCUCAGGAGGCGUGUCCAUUCUGGAGAACACAAGUGAGGUGGAGGAGAGAGGCCUCACUCAGGUGAGCAGCCGCUUGAUGUUGAAGAGCCUCACGUCUUUGUCUGCCGUUCGCUGUGAAGUCAAGAACUCAGUGGGUCGACGAGCCCGAGACCUGCGAAUGGUCUCGCCGUCUCUGCUGUCACAGGUCACUGUGUUGUCGCUGGUUCUGGUUCUGGUCGUCAUAGCGAUCGUCUUCCUCGUCAUCCUCAUCAUCCUGUGGAGAAAAAAACCGCGCUAUGAAGUUCGCUGGAAGUUGAUUGAGUCGGUGAGUCCGGACGGGCAGCAGUACACGUACCUGGACCCGGCACACCUGCCCUACAACAGCGCCUGGGAGGUCCCGCGAGACAACGUGGUGCUUGGCGAGGUGCUGGGCUCAGGUGCCUUCGGAAGAGUUGUCAAGGCAACGGUCUCUGGCCUGGUUCACUCACAUUCCACGACUAAAGUGGCGGUGAAGAUGGUGAAACACAACAGCGGCGCUGUUCACGCGCUGACGUCCGAACUGAAGAUGAUGGCUCACCUGGGGCCGCACCUGAACGUGGUCAACCUGCUGGGGGCCUGCACACGCGGAGGCCCGGUCUAUCUGAUCACUGAGCUUUGUCGUCAUGGUGACCUCGUCAACUACCUGCAGAGGAACAAACACACCUUCCUCCAGAGUGAUGCGCCCACCAAGAGGGACACUGACGGCGGCUACAUGGACAUGAACAAGCAGGACAGCAGUCAGUACGUCACCAUGAAGGAGUUCAGCUACACCGACAUCGAGCCGGCCGUCUACGAGACGCCGUGCUCGCCGGCAGACCAACAGGAGGAGUCAACAUAUCUCCUGCACGACUCUGACAUGCUCAGUCUGGACGAUUUGCUGAGCUUCUCCUACCAGAUCUCCCAGGCCAUGGACUUCCUGUCCACACGCAGCUGCGUGCACAGAGACCUGGCAGCAAGGAACGUUCUGGUGUGUGAAGGAAAGCUGGUGAAGGUCUGCGACUUCGGGCUGGCUCGGGACCUGCAGAAGGACGAGGACUAUGUGGCUCGAGGAAACAUCUUCCUACCGCUGAAGUGGAUGGCUCCUGAGAGCAUCUUCCAGAACAUCUACAGCUCCCAGAGCGACGUGUGGUCUUACGGGGUUUUGCUGUGGGAGAUCUACUCCCUAGGUGGGAGUCCGUACCCGGACCUCCCCAUGACCCAGAAGUUCUACUCAGCUCUGAAGGCGGGACAUCGUAUGGAGGCACCAGAGCACGCUCCUGAGCAAAUGUACGAGCUGAUGAAGCAGUGCUGGCGGGGGCAGCCUCGGGACCGACCCACCUUCUCCUCACUGGCCCAGACGCUUGGAAACCUGCUGGCGGGCGACUAUAAAAAGCGCUACCGAAAACUGAGCGACGACUUCCUGACAAGUGGGCAUCCAGCGGUGGUGCGCUCCAGACUCUGUUCUUCAAGACCUGCUCGGGAUCAAACCCAGUCCUCAGGAAGCGAUGCAGCUGCCACCUCCCCUGAUGUGCUGGAGGCGGAGCCAAAGGAGGCGGGUCCCUCCUGUGGUACUUACGUCAUCCCUAUCACUGACAUCACCAUAGAAACCAGCAGAGGCCCUGCGCUGGACGCACUGAGCCCUCUGCUGCCUGACUCCCAGGAUGAACCCGGGUCACAGGAAGUGACCUCUGAAGAGAAACUGGACUUAACUCCAGAGGAGGAGAGCUGCCUGUGAUGAAGCUUUGCGAGUUCUGCAUCGGGAUUAAGAGUUGUAAAUUCAUGUUGUGAGAUGACUCAAUCCUGCUGCUGCUGCUUUUGUCACAGUCAGAUGAAGUUAUAUAAAUUCUUCUGCAAGUC